CCCGUUUUCAAAUCCCUUUAUAUAUGCCUUUAUAUCUCUCGCAAGCAGUCGUCUCCUUCUACAAUCGCUAUUCAUAAUCCCUAAUCGUCCGUUUAAACCUCGUUUUCCGGCACUCAAUCGUUUUCCGGCAAACCCAAUCUUUUCGGGCAGCCUUCUUCUCUUGAUCAAGUCAUCUUCCAUGGAGACCCCACUGUCCACAAAGAGAAUCACAAGAUCACAGGCCAAGGCCUCGGCGAACAUCAAAAGUAACAAUAGCAGGAAGGUGGAAGAAUCUGAGAAAGAUGUGGCGAAAUCAUCAAGACAAAGAAGUGGGAUUCAGCAACAACAACAACAACAACAACAGGACCGAUCGGCCCUUCUUGACAUAACCAAUGACUCGCCAAUCGUGGGGCUUGCAGUGAAAGGAGGGUUGAUGGAGACCCCAUCAUCCUCCUUGGCCAAACACAGGAGAAUCAAGCAAACACCUGGAUCAGGAGAAGCACUGCUCAGGGGUCAGGUCAAGACCCUCUUGCAGAAAGUGGAAGAAGAGGCCGAGCUUUCGAAACUCCCAAUCGAAGACGGUCCCGUUCCCCAUCUUAAAGGCUUCAUCUUGAACUCUCCCAUGGGUCUUCUUGCCCCAACUCCGGCAAACACGCCCAAUCUCGGCAUGGAACAGUGUUUGAAAGGUACUGAUACUGGGUCAUCUUCAUCCUUGCCUUCCCCUCCGGUCGUCAUCGACGAACAAAUAAAUAUUUUCCAGGUGGUUAAUGGAAUUCUUGAUGGGGAGAAGCAAGACGUUCUUGACUCUCAGAAAAGUCUGACUCGGUCAUUACUGAUGGAUUUCUCCGAGAAAUUGGAGAAAUCGGAUUCAUCGGACUGCUCCUCGGUUCUUACGUAUCAAGGAGGACUAGAUGGAGAGAGUGAGGGAAGAGAAAAGUCCCCAGCAGAUGACGAGAAUGCCUCAGUUUGGUCUAUUCAGGUGAAUGCUAGUACCUGCGAUGAUGAAGAGGAAGAAGGACUAGAACAAGAAGAAUACGAAUAUUUUUACGAAGGAGAUGAAGAAGAAGAAGAAGAAGAAGACGAAGGUGAUGAUGAGAGUGAGUUGGUGGAUGAAUUGUGCAAGGGAAUGAACAAGAUGAGUGUGUGUGAUGAGAAAAAGUUCGCUGGGAAGCACACACGGUUUGUGUAUGACACUGACGAUGAAAUUAUUGGUAGAGAAGAAGCAGGUGAAGAAGAAAGUGGGGCUUCUUCGGCCAUUGGUUCUUCGCCGGGUGUUUUGCGGUUGAAGGGCCUGCCAACGCCGAAGGGAAAGCACUUUAGAUUUCCUGAUGGGGAGGAGGAAGAAGAGGAGGAGAAGAUGGCAGAAGAAGACAAGUGAUUGAUAUGAAAUUAUCUGCUUGUUGCUACGGUGAUGAUAAUUGUGCGUCUGGACACAACUUCCAGUUGUUCGUCUAUCUCUCUGGUUUUUUAUUUUUUGUUUCUUUUUUGGAAUUUUUAUUUUUAUUUUUAUUGCAAGGGGAAAUUGGAAAGCAAGAAAAAAAUAAGCUGAUGUUACAAUGAAGUGGUUGGAUAUGAUUAUUAAGGAAGAGAAAUGUUGAUGCCCAAUUAGAAAAAUGGUUAACCAAUUUUUCGGUUUCGGUUUUACUGUCAAAAA